AAUAAAUGAGUCUUGAUCCAGCAGAACCACCUAUUCCUGAAGACCCAGAAGAGGAAAUUAUUCCCUAUGUUGGUCCACCUAAACUAUUGCCAGUUGCAACAAAAACAGGAGAAGAGGAUUUCGAAUAACUAAUGGCCUUUAAGUGUAAGCUUUAUCGAUUUAGAAACGAGGAAUGGAAAGUAAGUUUUUAUUCAUAUAACUUAAAGUAAAGGGGUUAAGGUAUCUUGAAAUUCUUACAACACAAAGAAACCAAGAAGUGUAGAUUACUUAUGAGAUAGGAUGCUACCUAUUUCAUAAGAGCUAAUCAUAUAAUUUCUGAGGCUAUUGUUAAAAGUUUGUUUCAUCAAUAUGGAUACGAAUGGAUUGGGUAGGAUCAAAGUGAUGGGGAAACCAAGUUGGAAUCAUUUUGUGUUAAAUUAGAAAGUGAGGAAGAUUUUGAUAAAUUCUAUCAAUAAUAUGAGGAAUGUCGUAUAUUAAACAAAGAUGAAGAUUGA